CAGUUCAUCUCUGCAUGAUGUCAAAACGCAAACCUUGAAGCACGCGCCACGAAAUGUUGCUCCGCAAGAGUCCAAUCAGAUUCCAGACGUACCGCGCAUGCGCCGUGUGCGCAGAUUCAAACAACAUCGGAAAGUGGGCCAAAGGAAGGUGAUAGAAUGGCUAUAGAAAAGGGGCUCAAAGGACACACAUUCAGCCUGUCUCAAAUCCUCCUCAUCUAUAGAGGUGGGUGUUGGUAAAAAGGCUCCAACUGGAGCAAGUCGCGAUGACUAUGCGAUCCACCGUGUUCACGAGUGGAGGACACAGACUGGACACGAGCCUCAGCAAGAAGCCAGCGAGAGCCCAUGAAUCCCUGAAGAAGGAGAGUCACGACUUCGCCACCCAUGUGCUGAGCACCAUCCACAACAGCGGAAAUCAAAAGCAUCACCUGCACAGCAAAGCAAAUAUCAGCCGCCGGGACGUGUUGAGCUCCCCUGACCAGUCUCCAAAAGGGAACCUCGGGCAGGAGGAGAACUGGGAGACGCUGGGGGCCUUGACACUCCCGUCAACCAAGCAGAUGGGGGCCGAAGGUUCCCCGGUCAAGAGCAAAUCACUGUUUUGUCAGGCCAGUCAAAAGCACGUGGGGAAGAUGGAUCCCACGGUAUCAAAUGGCAGCAAUCAGCGGCGAGAAGUGGGGGCGGUCGUGGGGGUCCCCUCACCGGAGAACAGUCCCGAUGGGAAGCGUCGUAAUGUGAGGAAAGGCUCCGGCCUCGUGGACACGCAGACCAGCUGCAUCCGACAGAUCCUGCUGCUGCAGCUGGAGCUGAUUGAACAGCAGCAGAAGCAGCUGCACAACAAGAGCAAAGAGAUCGAUGACCUCAAAGCUGAGAAAGAGAUGCUAAUGGCCCGAAUUGAACUCAUGGAGCGUCGGCUGCAGAUGGUGAGAAAAGAGGGUACGCAGUCCCGUCCUUCUCAGGCGCCUCGUCGAAAGGAACCUGAGGCUGCUGCCACAGAGGACGUCCAGAAAUCUGAGGGGCGGGUCCAAACCCCAAAGCUGAUGCACUUUGGAAGAAGAGGAAAAAAACUGAAAAGGAGGUUUCUUUUCCAGGACUCCCGGAUGAGUAGGUCACGACGUGGGCAGCCCAGGUCACCACCACCACCACAGGACGGCCCAGCUCAGGAGGAGGAGCCCCAGGAAGAGACGGGGCCUGAAUUUCAGUCUCAGUCAGAGGAACUGCCCUACCUGACCACCACAGAGAUGUACCUGUGCCGCUGGCAUCAGCCGCCUCCGUCCCCUCGUCGAGACCCCUCACCUGUGCAUGAGGACACAGUUGCAGUUCCUUCUUGGCGGGAGAGUAUCUUAGAGCCACUGGGGCAGAAAGAGGCGUCAGACAUCCCUGAGUGUCUAGAUGAUAAUGUCUUUCUGAAGAGGCAUUCAAAACUUGAGCUGGAUGAGAAGAGGAGGAAGAGGUGGGAUAUCCAGCGUAUUCGUGAGCAGAGGAUGUUUCAGCGCCUGCAGCAGAGGAUGAACAGGAGGAAGGUCAUUCAGGAGAGUGAACCAGAGCUGCGCUCCUUCUAUCCAGACCCUGAGGAUGUGGAGUCUGUUAUGGUGACCCCCUUCCUGCCAGUGGUGGCUUUUGGACGACCUCUGCCCAACCUGAAACAGCAAAACUUUGACCUGCCCUGGCUGGAUGAGCGUAGUCGCUGUCGGGCAGAGGUGACUAAGAAACGGACGCCUCAUCGAACAUGUCGCAAAUGAAACCGUCGCAAGGAAGCUCCUUCCGAAAUCUUAGCCUUGUGGUCUCAUCUCGCGUACACACCUGUAUUGCACUUUGGAUCUUCAGAAGCAGAUUGAAGGGUGAAUUUUGGAUCUGAAGCCCCCUGCAAGCUCUCCCAACAACACCCCCAUGAUCAUAGUGCAGAGUGGACCACUUCAGUGUUUACCAUUGUGUCAUACUUGGACCAAAGCUUCUACCGUAACACACCGAGAGCUGCCGUAAAAGAUCAAAACUGUACAUGCUGCGCUUUUUGGUCUGUGAGUUCUGUCAGUCGCAUAAAGGGAAAAAUGAUGAAAACCGGUAACAGAAGCAUUUGUUGUAACGUAACGCUUUUGUUCCAAGGAAAUGUGUAAGAUACGUGUAACUAAAGAAAUUAUUUCAGAUAUUAAAACGAGUCAUAUAUGAAUAUACCCUGUUUUCAUGUCUUUUAAUGAAGGAUUGUAUUGAAAGCUUAAUCACAGAAAUCAUCUUGACUUUCAUGUUUGGCUAAGAAUUUUUUUUUUUACUGGAAUCAGAUUCAACCAGGCAAAAGUGUUUGAUGUAGACAGCAGUCAUCAGUUUUAAGAGUAUUAACCUAUCCUUCAUGUGAGAAAUUGAAAUAUAUAAAUAAUAUAAGUACUGUGGAAUGUGACAAGCCCUAAAAUUGUCAAAAAAAAUGUUCUACCACCGUGUAACAUAUAAGAAGCAUAUUCCAUGUCCCUGCUAGACAAAAACAAUAGAAACCUUCACAGAACUUCUAAUGGUUUUACUGGUUAUAAUGGGAAUUGCAUUGGUUUUAAUGGGAUCUGUAAUGGUCUCUACUGGUAAUUUUUCGCCUUCAAUUGGUGGCUUGUUAAAACCACUAAAUCCUGAUGCAAUAUGUCCCAAAAGACACUAAAGGAAACAUUUUCUUUUAAUUUUCUUACAAAUUGAAGGUUUGUAACGGUAUCUGUAGUGGAAACUAUUAGAAUUUCUGUGAUGGUUUCUGAUUUUUUUUACAGUAGGGAUAUAUAUAUAUAUAUAUAUAUAUA